UAAAAUUAAUUUUAAUCACUAUGAUAACAGUCAAUUGGUUACUACAAUUAUGUUUGUUUCGCGAAUUUGUGAGUACAUAUUAUUUAUUAUUAUAUAAUUGGAAAUUUGUGAAUAUUUAUGUUCUAAACUUGGUUUUUUAUUUUUGCAUGACCUAUGUUAUUUUGUCAAUCUGUUCGAGUACAAAAUGCUUCAGUCAUGGUUAAAAAGAGAUAAAUCUCCAGCUGCAACUACUACAUCUGUUGAAAAUAAUAGCCCAGUCACUUCAUCACACAUAAAUAUCGAUGAACCAUCUCCAUCUACGUCUACAUCUAAACCGAUUAAACCGUUGAAUAUAAGUAAAGUAUAUGGAGACACUGAUGUUUUUCAUUAUAGUCAUAGAAAUGCCAUUGCUCAAAUAUGUGGUACAAUUUAUCGAGAAGAUGUAAAAAAAAAACAUUUGUUAUCUGAGGGUCAUAUUUUAUGUACUAGAGCACAUCGUUUGUCAUCAUUAAGUAGCAGUGAAGUCCUUAAAGACAAAUCCAGUGCCAUUGGUUUGGCUGUAUCAAAAGCUAAUAAUGAUCUUGCUUCCAAAAUAGGUAGCUGUAUGAUACAUGUGUAUAAUGAUGCUAAAAAAUUGACAUUGUCAGGAUAUUCCUUUCCCGGGCGUGUAGUAGUAUCUAGGUAUGCAUCUAAUUUUCAAAUGAAUUCAAAUGAAUUUGAAAUGAACAAUACAGAUUUACAAUACUUAUCCCCGAAUGGUCACCGUAAUUUUUUAGAAUGUAUUGCAAAUACUGAUAAAUCAAGAGUCAUCGAUACAAUUUUAAAUACAACUUUGGCUAUUUCCUUAAGAUGUGACGGAAGUGUAGAUCGGAUGCAGGUUGAUAAAAUUUAUGUUUUAGUUAAAAUAAUUAACAACGAUGGUAGUGCAGAAUUACUAUUUUUAGGUGCAGAUGAACCAAAAGAGCGUGGGGUUAAAGGCAUGAUUAGAGCAAUUGAAGAUGGAUGUGACAAACUAUUUGGUGAGGGUAGCUUCAAAAAAAUUAUUUUAAAAACUUCAUCUAUUGUGACCGAUGGAGCCAAAUGUAAUACAGGGGAAAAAAAUGGAUUAUGGGCAUUACUAAAACAAAUGCGUCAUGUGAGUGCUGAUGAAAAUACUGAGGCUGAGACAUCAAUACCUCCUUUAAUGACCAUAUGGUGUGCAGCUCAUCGGUCUAACUUGGCAUGGAAGUCUGUGUCAGAAAGUGUUAGAGAAUUAAAACAUAUUGUUAUUGAAUUAGUUGCAAUAAGUUCAUUUUUCCAUACAUCAGGACUUCGUACACGUGAACUUAAAAGUAUUGCCGAAGAAAAAAAAUUAAGCCUAAUGAGAUUACCUAAAUUGUUUGAAGUAAGGUAGAGUGAGUUCACUUAUGAUCUUUUGAAUUCAAUAUUAGUGUCUUGGAAUGUGUUGGUUUUAUAUUUUAUGAAAUCAACAGAAAAGUCAUCCAUAGGAU